GAAGUUGUCGAAAUUAUAUACGAGGGAGGAAAAGUGUAAUGAGAAAAGUGCUCAAUAUUGAAUGAACGAUAAAAACAUAGUAAAUAAAAUUAAAAAAGUGAUGUAAUGAGGUAAAGAUGUCCAAGUAAAUAUAGUUCGUGAAUAUAUAAUAAAAAUCGUUAGUGUGCGAAAUAAGUUUGUAAGAGAAAAUUAAGGAGAAAAAAAGGAGUUUCCGUUGAUAAGGCUGAAAUAAAUUAAAAAAGGAAGUAUUUGAAACGGAUCACAGAAAAUCGAUGUAAGAAAGAGAGAAUAGAAGAGGUGACAUUGAAUCGACGUGGUUUUAGGAGACCAGGGUAUGCGAUUAAAAAUAAGGAGUAGAUAAUAUGAGAAAAAAGAUACGGUACAAGAAAGAAAAAAUACCACAAUAAAAAUAAACACAUAAGGACAUAAUAGGGAAAAAACAGCAACAAGAACAACAUACAGGCAGAAAAGAAGAAGAAGAAGAGAAAAGAAGAAGAGAAGUUAGUGUAAAAGAAAGACUUAAAAAAUACCACAAUAAAAAACAGGAACACAUAAGGACAUAAUAGGGAAAAAACAACAACAACAACAACAUACAGGCAGAAAAGAAGAAGAAGAAGAAGAAGAGAAAAGAAGAAGAGAAGAAGUUAGUGUACAAGAAAUAAAUAAAAAAAAAACACAAUAAAAAAUAGAACACAUAAGGACAUAAUAGGUAUAAAAAAAACCAUAGAGGCAAAAAAGAAGAAGAGAGAAGAAGAAGAGGAGAAGUUUGUGUACAAUAAAUAAAAAUAAAUAAAACCCUACCAGAAUAAAAUACAGAACAGAAGCCAUUAAUAGCAACAACAACAACAACAACAACAACAACAACAACAACAUACAGGCAGGAAAGAAGAAGAAGGAGAGAAGACGAAGAAAAGAAGAUAGGAAGAAAGAAAGAAAUAGACUAGAUAGAAAGAAGGAAAAUAAACUAUCACAAAAAAUAUAAAAGAAAAGACCAAAACAAAAGGAAAAAAAAAACCAUACAGGCAGGAAAUACCGAAUAAAGGAAAUGAUGAAGAGAAAAGCAUUGUGACAUAUGAUGUAAAAGGUCACCAACAUAUAGAAAACGUUCGCCUCCGGUAGGAAGAAAAACACACACACACAUUACAUUGGAGUGGGAGUUUAUGGCGGCCAGAAGGAACACGUCAACCCCUCACCUGACGAGCCGACAGGUGGAGGCGGGACUGAACGCUCGAUAACCAGUGAUAGACGGUGAUUACUUCAACACCACCACCACCAUCACCACCACCAUCCCCACUACGCUACAGGUCGGCGCCGAGGACACACACACACGAGACGCGCUGAGGAAAGAGAAGAAGCAAAGAGAGAGGAAUUACCAAGAAAAAGUUAUACAAGACCUUAACUAUAUAUAGAUAGAGGCUUGUGUCAUCUUCGUCAUGGGAAACCACGAACUGAAGGAAGAAUUUGACACUUAAAAAGAACGUAGAGUUUCUGAGAAGGACAAACGCAGGACGAGAAGAGAGAGUAACAUUACAUAAGAGGUGUUUGUGGUUUCUUCGUCAUUGAGAAACAUAAUAUCACAAGUUAAAGAGAGAAUUUGACACUUUAAUAACCACAUACAGCCUCUGAGAAGGACAAACAGAGGAAGAGAAAAGAGAGGAGCGUUACAUAAGAGGUGUUUGUGGUUUCUUCGUCAUUGAGAAACACAAUAUCACGAGUUAAAGGGAGAAUUUGACACUUAAAAAACACAUACAGCCCCAGAUAAGGACAAAUACAGGAGAAGAAAAGAGAAGAGCGAUAUAUUAGAGAUGCCUCCCGUCGCGGCCAGACACAUCAGGGUGGCGGAGGAGUUUUGGAGUCGCCAGUAUGCGGACAAGACCCGGCCGGUGCCCCUCGCUGUGGUGAAGGAGCGGCUGAUGCAGACGAGGGACGCAGACGCUCUCCCAAACGCUCUAGUGACCAAGCUGCUCGUGGAGGCGGAUCUCAACCAGGACGGCUACCUCAACUAUGAAGAGUACAUGGUCUUUGCAGAAGCGUCAGCCAGGGAGUCAAGGGCGCGGCUGGCCUUCAACCGCGCGGCCCUCAGCGUGGUGCCACGGGGCGAACGGACGGUGGAGAAGAGAAGCUACUUGCAACAGUACCGCUGCUGCCCGCCCGCCCUCUUCAUGGUGACGGCGGCGCUGGUGGAGAUUGGCGUCUUCAUCUUCUACGCCUACGACAUGGGGGUUCCUGUCACCGCUAACGGCCCGGCGCCCCUCUACAGCCCCCUCAUCUACAACCCUUACAGGCGUUAUGAGGCCUGGCGCUACGUCAGCUACGCCCUCAUCCACUCUGGCUACAUGCAUCUGAUAAUGAACUUAGUAAUGCAGACGAUCCUUGGGUUGCUGCUGGAGUUGGUGCACGGCUGGUGGCGGGUCGGGCUCAUCUACAUGUCGGGGGUGCUGGCAGGGUCCCUCUCGCAGUCCCUCGCAAUGCCCCGGGCCUACCUCGCUGGGGCAUCAGGGGGCGUGUAUGCCAUUGUCUAUGCUCACUUGGGGAAUCUUCUGCUGAACUGGUCGGAGAUGGAGUUCCGAUGGCUGCAGCUCGUGGCGUGCCUCGCUCUCUCCGUCGGGGACAUCUCCAUGGCUCUCUGGGACACCUACGGAAGCCCCACGCCCUCCAACACGGGUCACCUGGCGCACUUGGGCGGCGCUAUCGCAGGUGUGCUGGUGGGCAUCUACGUGCUGAGGAACCUGAAGAUGAGGCGGUGGGAGAAGUACUGUUGGUGGGUGGCGCUGAUCCUCUACCUGGUGCUUAUAGGCGCAGGGAUCAUCCUCAACGCUACCUUACCUGUGCCUGGCUUCUUCCCAUCCAACGAUAAAUAGUGGGGGGAAGGGAGUGGGUGUUGCGGAGGUAGAAGGAGGGGGGUGGGUAAGGGGGUAAGGGAGUAGUGUGUGUGUGUGUGUGUGUAUGUGUGUGUGUGUGUGUGUGUGUGUGUGUGUAGACUGCGCUUGUAUAUAUGAUAAAAUAUAUUUACGUGUUGUGUUCCCGUUUCACCUCGCGGGCAAGACUAAUGGACAGAAUGUUUCCUGUUGCUUGUUUAUUUGUUUGUGUUCAUGUGUGUGUGUGUGUGUGUGUGUGUGUGUGUGUGUGUGUGUGUGUGUGUGUG